AUGGGCGUGACGUCACUCUCCCUCGGAUCUCCGCAUUCUGUAGCGUCUACCAUGGUAAUGGCGGAAGGCACCGCUGUAUUGAGAAGAAAUAGGCCGGGCACCAAAGCUCAGGAUUUUUACAACUGGCCUGAUGAAUCCUUCGAAGAGAUGGACAGUACUUUGGCUGUACAGCAGUACAUCCAGCAGAACAUACGAACUGAUUGUUCAAACAUUGAUCGAAUUUUAGAGCCCCAGAAGGCCAAGAUGAAGGAGUGUGGAAGUAUGAACAUCUUCGGCAAUUCUGUCUUGAACUCAAUGGACUUGCUGUUAAACUUCAGGCUGAAUGUCAUCCUGACUCUUGCACCCAAAUGACGGCAACAGAACAAUGGAUAUUUCUUUGCGCAGCUCAUAAAACACCAAAAGAGUGUCCUGCCAUAGAUUACACAAGGCAUACACUUGAUGGUGCUGCAUGCCUCUUGAAUAGCAAUAAAUAUUUCCCAAGCAGGGUUAGCAUAAAGGAAUCAUCUGUUGCCAAACUAGGAUCAGUGUGCCGUAGGAUUUAUAGAAUAUUUUCACAUGCUUACUUUCAUCAUCGGCAAAUUUUUGAUGAAUAUGAGAAUGAAACAUUUUUGUGUCAUCGCUUCACAAAGUUUGUGAUGAAAUAUAACCUUAUGUCCAAAGAUAACCUGAUUGUUCCUCUCUUGGAUGAAGAAGUGCAAAGUUCAUCUGCCAGGGAAAGUGAAGCAUAA